GUAAAGAGUGAGAGGGGGGCGGGAUUUCUCUCAUCUGCCUAACCGUUGUUUGAUUCACACAAAAAUCUGAAAAACAUCACCAAAGAUUCCUUCCUAAUGCAAAUGCGUAAAACGUUUACGGAUAAAAGCUGAAUUGUAUAUUAAAAAGGUAAAAAUAAAGGUCCAGGAGAUCGAGAGAGCAUGGAUGCAGGUGAUGACCAGAACACGGGCUCUACCAAUGGGAAUGCUCCUUCUGCUGGGAACUCCCGCCCUCCCCAGAUAGCCCACAUGUCUCUGUAUGAGAGGCAAGCUGUGCAGGCCCUUCAGGCGCUGCAGAGACAGCCGAACGCAGCCCAGUACUUCCAGCAGCUCAUGCUGCAGCAGCAAAUCAACAGUGCCCAGCAGCUUCACAACCUGGCUGCCGUGCAACAGGCCACCCUUGCUGCUAGUCGCCAGUCCAACUCUCCCAACCACAAUGUGUCCCAAGCAACCACCACUGUCAAUCUGAGCACCACGUCUGGGGGAGGGACCAUGACCAAUCCCCGCCCCCUCGGCCCUGCCACAUCAGUGACAUCAUCAGCUCUCAGCCAAUCAGUGCUGCUGGGUGGGAACUCAGCAGGACAGGGCCAGAUGUACCUGAGAGUCAACCGCUCCCUCAGGGCACCCCUCGCAGCCUCCCAGCUCAUCUUCAUGCCUGGUGGCACAGCAACGGCUGCUGUAGCGACAGUUGCACAGCAACAGCCACAGCAACAACAGCAGCAACAGGAAGUCCCUCCCACCUCCAAUGCCCAAUCAGACAAUGACCAGGUGCAGAACCUGGCUCUCCACUGUAUCUCCACUCCCAGAGUGGCCGCGGUGAAGACUGAGUUUCCUGACAGGAAAGACGCAGCCAACUAUUCUCUUAGUCAACUACAACAACAGCAUCCUCAGCAGCAACAGCAGCAGUUCUCUCAGAACACCCAGCAGCAGCAGCAGAUACAACCCCAACAGCAACAAAUGGCCACCAAACUGACUAACUACACUCAUCCCACUGCCACCGGUCUCCCCAGUAUGAAUGUCAAGACUGGAAACCAGUUGCAUAUGGCCCCAACCGCUGUCGCCUCAGUUCCCACCUCCUCCCCCUCUCCCACGCUCCCUCUCUCCCAGCUCCUCCUCUCCCCUUCAGGGCUUUGUCAGGCCCGGGCGGUAACCACGGUUACCCCUGCUGCCACGGUGACGCACAUCCUAGUCCCCACCUCCAACGUUCCUACCUCCUCUCAGGGCUACCCCAUAGGUUCAGUUGCCCCUAAAACUAACGUCAACACCCAGACCUUGGUGGUGCAGCCACUGCAGCAGUCCAACACUAACAUGGACAAGGUGAGCCACAGCUCUGGCCCUGUACACAUACAGCCCAAAACCUCACAGGGUCACCGCUUACCUGUCCAGUUGCCCCCACGCCACCCUCCACCUAUCCUCCCGGCUCCAUCCAACAACUCCCAGCCCAACACAGGGGGCCACCACCCGCCCCAUGUCCCAGUCCAGCUGGUGGGAGCCAGGCAGGGCUCAGUAGGAAAUUCACAGGCUUUGGCCCAGGCCCGAAGCUGCUGCCCCCAGGACAACGGCACCGCUACAGCCUCUACUGGAGGGAACACCAUGGCAAAGCCUGCAAUUGGCUCAUUGAAGAGGAAGUCGGAAACUGAUGGAACCAAUGCGAUGGCAGUCGAACCUUCCCAACUUUGCUGUCCACCAAUGAGAGAUUCUGCCCCUCCUCUAUCUCCCACCCCCACGUUGGACUCAGCUCCUAAAGCGGUGCCAGCCUUCUCCUCUCCCCCCACCCUGUCUCUGCCUCUGCCCCUGUCUCGGGGGGUGGGGGGUCAGGGAGACAGAGCCCCUCUGCCCCAGGCGGUGGUCAAACCUCAGGUCCUCACCCACCUCAUAGAGGGCUUUGUCAUCCAGGAGGGAGCUGAGCCUUUCCCUGUGACUGGGCCAGUGAAGGAGCCUCUAGCCAUGGGUGUUCAACAGGCUGACAAUGGAGGCCCUGCAGUGUUGAAGUGCGAGUACUGUGAGAGCUUUGCUCCAGCCAGCCAGUUUAGGGGCUCCAAGAGGUUCUGCUCCAAGACCUGCGCUAAGAGAUACAAUGUGAGCUGCAGUCACCACUUCCAGGUCAGUAGGGGGCGAGCUUCUGCACGGCCGCCUGGUCCUCCCGUUCCCCCAGACAGCAUCGUCAGACGCAGGGGUCCUCGCAGGAGUAGCUCAGAGAUCGCCUGCGCUAAAAUAGCCGGCAGACAUUUGCCUGUCAAGGAGUGUCGUUCUGAGUCCAGUCGCUCGGAGGAUGUGUCCAGCUGUGACGGAGAGGAGGAGGAGGAAGAAGAUUCCCCAUCACUCUCCCCUAGCUCCUCCCUCUCCUGCCCUAGGCCCGCCCACUGCGAUCCCCAUUUGGACGACUCGGCUCAAGGCAGCCUCCCAUUGGACGAGGCCAACUUCCUGUCUGGGAGCCCUGCCCAUUGGGGUGUGGAGGAGGUCUGCAGGUUCAUCUCUUCACUACAAGGUUGUGAGGAGCUGGCAGCCCAGUUCUUAUCCCAGGAGAUUGACGGACAGGCCCUGUUGCUACUCAGAGAAGAACACCUAAUCUCUACCAUGAACAUCAAACUAGGACCCGCCCUCAAGAUCUGUGCCUCCAUCAACAGCCUACGAGACUGACAGGGGAAGGAAGGAGGGAGGAGGAAGAGAGGGGUUGAAAUGAACUUCAAACUGGGACCCACACUAAAGACUUGUAUUAGUGACAUUCAAGCCUGAGACCAAGACUGAAAGCGAGAGGAAAAUGGGGGUUAAUUUUGAUCAUGAACAUCAAUCAUUUUAGAGACUAGAUGAAUAGAAGGGGGUUGAAUAUAAGUAAGGAAGAGAAGGGGGUUGAUUAUAGUAAGAGGAAGAGGAGGGGGUUGAUUAUAGUAAGAGGAAGAGGAGGGGAAAUCAUUAGGAUAUGCUUUGACUUUCCUGGACAUUGAAUGUGCAAAAACAUCUGUUGUUAGUUAUGAGUGAGUGGUGAGCAUGGGCAUCUGAUAGUCUGUCUUUAGAGUGUUCAUGUUUGUGUGGGUGAGUUGAUGUAUGUAUGUGUGUGUCUGUUAGUAGAAACAUAUACUCACGUGAGACUGCAAACGUGGUCACCUACAGUAACCAUGGCUGGCUAGCUAGCUAGGACAGUUCAAGUUGCCUUUUUCUACAUUUCAGCGGUGCUAUAACCAUAGUGUUAUUAUUGAAAAUGGUCCAUUUCACUUUCUUAUUUUUACAAAGUAGAUUUGUAAUGUUAAUGUAGAUGUCAGUCCAGCCAGGCUCUAAUCACCUGUAUGAAAGGAUAUUAAAGAGCUUGAACAAGUUGUUUUUUUAAUUUCACCAGAUAGGACUCGGUUUUAUAGCUUUGAUCUUUUGUACUAUAAUCAAAGUUAUUAUUUUGGUGUGGGAGGAAGUUUUUCAUGGAGAGGAUGUAGUGAGUAUUAGUAACUGACUGAACUACCUGAAUAUGGGUAUUUGUCCUGAGAGGGGAGAUACUCUGGUGUAUGCUGUACUACCAAUAAACACCUGUUACUGGAACAAUG